CCAAGUGAUCCUUUGCCCCUCCAUGAUUUUCCUGCAAACUUGGGCUUUUUGGGUGUGAUGUACCGAUCUGAAGUCAGAAUCAUUGAGUCCACCGUUUCAACAACGUUCCUUUCCUCAUGGCAAUGGACCAGCCCGCACUAGUUCUAUUCGGCCCGCAGACAUCCUGGCCUAGCCAUGCAAGCGCAUCGCGCAUCCGACAUGAUCUCAUCAACGAGCUAUCCCUCGCACCCCUCGCGGCCGCCAUCCAAAACAUCCCCGAUCUCUGGACAUCACUACUUGAAAUCGAGCCCCGACUGGGUCUCACAGAAGGCCGCCGGCCUCUAGAACACCUACAGCACUGGAUCGAGACCGGCUCCCUCCCGAGACGAGACACUCCGGACGAAAUCCUCCCCAAUGGAUUUGCAACCCCCUUCACGGUCAUUAUCCAGGCCGUGGAAUACUGGCGAUGUUUUCUGCGGGGCGGGCAGUGGCCCCCCACAGGAGCAGAAGCGGGGACUGCGCUCGAGGGCAUGUGUACGGGGUUUUUGACGGCUGUUGCGGCGGCGGUGGCGAGGGAUUUGCCGGGGUUUUUUGAUAUGGCGGCUGUUGCGGUUCGUUUGGCGGCGUGUGUGGGUAGUCUUGUUGACUUGGGGGGGAAUACGCCGGAUGAAGUAGGGGAUGCGAGAACGUUGGUGGUUAGGUGGAGUUCGUCGGGCCAGGAGGCGUGUUUUUGGAGGAUUUUGGGUGUGCAGUCGAGUGCUUAUGUGUCAGUACUCAAGGAUGAAACAAGCCGCACGAUCAUCGUCCCGGCAUCCGAAAUCCCCCGUACCGCGGAAAAACUGUUGAUGAACGGGUUGCGGGUACAUGCCUUGGAGCGAAAAGGGAGAUUUCACCACGCCAGCAAUGAAGAUCUUGCAAAUAAGCUCAUUGGGUUGAGCCAAGUGAGAGCUGAUUUGCAGUUUCCUGAUGCCCAGGACCUGCUGAUACCCCUUCGACGGAAUUCUGACGGGACACGUCUGUCUGAAGGUCCGCUGCAUAUCGUUGCCAUCCGAUCGCUGCUGUUGGAGCAGGUGGAUUGGCUGUCCACUGUGACCGGCGCUUUGGAGUCGGUUGUCGUGAAAGAGAAACCAACGGUAUUGGUACUGGGAUGUCAGGCUCGUGUUUGUGUCUCUAAUGACAUUUCGCCUGGUUCUAAUAUCCUGAAUGCGGUCAAAGAAUCCGUUCCUGAGUUAGAUACGACAGCUGGGGUGGAGUCGCCUGACAAUGACAACUCAAUCGCCAUUGUCGGCAUGGCUUGUCGAUUUCCCGGGGCAGACUCGGCCGAGGAGUUCUGGCAACUGCUCGAGAGUGGAAAAUCCAUGCUUUCCGUCUUGCCACCAAAUAGAUUCCCAACCAAAGGCCUCCGGAGAUCUGCAGACGCCACCAUCUUUUGGGGAAACUUCAUACAAGACCCCGACCAAUUUGACAAUCGUUUCUUCCAAAUAUCGAGCCGGGAGGCAGCCUCCAUGGAUCCACAACAGCGUUUGAUUCUCCAGGUCGCCUACCAAGCACUGGAGUCAUCAGGCUACUUCGAUGGACAAGGCAACCCUACCGAUACCAACAUUGGAUGCUAUCUGGGCGUGGGACCGGUGGAUUACGAAGCCAACAUCAACUCCCAUCAGCCCAAUUCCUAUUCCGCGCUCGGAACAUUGAAAGCCUUCGUCAGCGGGAGAGUGUCUCACUAUUUCGGUUGGACCGGUCCGUCGAUGACAUACGAUACCGCAUGUUCAUCAUCCAUGGUCGCUUUGCACUCGGCCUGUAAGGCGCUGCUGAGCGGCGAAUGCACGAGUGCGCUGUCCGGGGGUGUGAAUGUGAUAACCGAUCCCGCUCUGUAUCAGAAUCUCCGUGCGGCGUCUUUGCUGAGUCCCACUGGUGCGACAAAAGCCUUUGAUGCAGCCGCGGAUGGCUAUAGUCGGGGAGAAGGAUGUGGUCUUUUUGUUCUAAAAAAACUAGAAACCGCAUUGGCGGAUGGGGAUCAAGUCCUUGGAGUCAUCGCUGGCUCCGCCUUGAACCAGACACAGCGAGAGUAUGGAACGUCCAUCACCGCGCCAGUUUCCAAAUCCCAGCAAUCCCUCUACCGGAAUGUGCUGAGCCAGGCCGGCCUCGGGCCAUCGGAUGUGACGUACAUUGAGGCCCAUGGAACCGGUACCCCCAGGGGAGACCCGAUUGAAUGCGAAAGUAUUCGAAAUAUCUUUGGGAGCAGUAAUACCGGACGGCAGCAAACGCUCUAUUUCGGAUCCGUGAAAGGGAAUAUCGGUCACUUGGAAGCAGGCUCGGGUGCUGCCGCACUGUUCAAGUCCAUCCUGAUGCUUCAGAAGAAAAAGAUUCCGAAACACGUAAAUUUCAACACACUGAAUCCCCAUAUCCCUCCAUUGGAAUUGGAGAAACUGGCCAUUCCCACGGAGACGAUUCCGUGGGAUGCGUCACGCCGCGUCAUUUGCAUCAGCAAUUAUGGCGCCGCUGGAAGUAACGGUGCUCUCGUUCUGCGCGAGGCUCCCGAGGCCUCCAAAAGACCCACGGAGAAUGGCUCUCUGCGAUGUCAAUUGAUAUCCAUCUUUGCUGAGUCCGCUGAGAGUCUUCAAGCGUACUGUGAUCAGCUAUUGCGGUACCUUGCUGAUAUAGCUGAGAGGGAUUUUCCAGCCGUCGCCUACAAGCUGGCCCGCAUGCAAAAUCCCACACACAAGUAUCGUCUGUCACUCAUUGCACGCUCCAUCAGUGAGCUGCGGUCUUCCCUUACGGUACAAAAAUACCUGACAGCGACCCCGUCAUCCCCUGCAACGCCAAAGCCCGUUGUUCUGUGCUUUGGUGGCCAAUUAAAGUCCAGUGUUGGGAUCAGCAAGGAGCUAUAUCACUCAACUCCGCUGUUCCGCCACCAUCUCGAUCGUGUUGAAACCGCCUGUCAAGCAUUGGGGAAAACGAUUUACCCUUAUAUAUUUUCGGACGAAGCCAUCCAAGACGCGGCCACCCUUCAUUGCUGCUUAUUUGCCUCGCAAUAUGCCAGUGCCCAAUCGUGGAUGGAUGUGGGAAUCAAGGUUGCGACCGUCAUUGGCCACAGCUUUGGUCAAAUUAGCGCACUCUGUGUCUGCGGGGUGCUUUCCCUGGAAGAUGCAGUGAAGUAUGUGAGUGAGCGAGCAUCGCUGUUUGACAGUGACUGGAGUGCAGAAAAAGGCACCAUGCUUGCUCUGAAGGCAGAUACUCAGAUGGUGACCCGUCUAGUAGCCACCAGUGAAGUCGAGAUCGCCUGCUACAAUGGUCCACGCGAUGUCGUGGUUGCAGGAUCUUUCCCAGCUAUUGAGGGUUUCCAAUCCCAAGCCCAGGCUGCCGGGAUCGACGCCCGACGCCUGGAUGUAGCUCGUGCAUUUCAUUCGAGUCUGAUGGAUCCCGCUUUGCCGCAGCUGCGGAGAAUCGCGAACACACUGACCUUUCAUCGGCCACGAAUUCCGAUUCAGACUUGCACGCAAGGUCAAAGCUGGGACUUUUUUGGCCCACAACUUCUGGUCGAUCAUUCGCGCCAACCGGUGUUCUUUCAUGAUGCCGUGCAACGCACAGAAUCUCAGUUUGGACCCUGUACCUGGAUUGAGGCCGGUUCAUCUUCCUUCGCGACCACGUUGGCAUCGAGAACUGCUAGUCCAUUGAACUCAUUUAUCCCUGUGGAUAUUGGUGACCCCAGCCCCGCAGAGUCUUUGGCCAACGCAACCCUCAAGCUCCAAGCCCUUGGCUACAAUGUGCAGUUCUGGGCGUAUCACCGCAGCCAACGAGAUGCCUUUAGGGUCUUCAACCUUCCUCCAUACCAGUUCGCCAGGUCGAAGCAUUGGUUAGAGUUCAAGGAGUUCCACGCUCGUGAGAAGGAAUCGAGUCAUCCUGAUGACCAAGAUCAUUCCAAAUUGCUUCUGUUUGUCCACUUCAAAGAUACGGAGAAACGAGUUGCCGAGUUCAAAGUCAACUCCAUGUCCGAUUAUUUCCGGGCUUGUGUCAGCGGUCAUGCAGUUCUCGGCCAUGCCCUUUGCCCGGCAUCAUUGUAUCUCGAGCUCGCUGCCCAGGCCGCACUAUAUCUAUGCGAAGACAAACCCCCCGUACUGCCACAGGUGAAAGACCUUCAGAUCAGUGCUCCUCUAGGGCUAAAUUCAUCCGCAUCUAUCAGACUGCUUCUUUCGCUGCAGGAACCCAGAAGAUGGAGAUUCUCGCUCUUGAGCACGACUGGCGCUGAGGAUACCCACCACGCUUCCGGGGUGAUUCAGGUCCCCGCCAAUGCAGACUUUUUGGCAUCCGAAUCCAGCCUCUAUGAGCGCUUGAUUGGAGCCGAUCGCUGCAACUCAAUCCUGCAAGAUGCAUCCAUCAAAUCCAUCAACGGCCUCGUGUACAAUGUCUUUGGCGCGGUGGUGGACUAUAAAGACUUUUACCAGGGCGUCCAACGUAUCUCGGCGACCGCCUCGGAAGCAUCUGGAGUUGUCUCUCUGCCAGUGACCGCGGCCGGAAUCAUGCCAGAUUCGGUAUACGAUCCUCUCGCACUUGACAAUUUCCUUCAGGUUUCUGGAAUCCACAUCAACUGCUUCCGGGAUAUUGGCAGACAAGACGUUUAUGUCUGUACGGCAAUUGGGAGGCUGAAAGUAUACCAGUCCUUGGAGAAGGCGCGGGAUCAAUUGUGGCUGGUCUAUUCCAAUACCAAGCAGGGCGGAUCGGAAGUCUUGGAAAGUGAUAUCUUCGCAUUCAAUGAGACUACCGGAUCUCUCACGGUGGCUCUUUUUGGGGUCCGAUUCGCCAAAGUGUCUGUGACCUCUCUGACCAGAGCGUUGUCCACCCUCAAUCACGGAAAGCCCGUUCAACGAUUGGAUUCCACGCCGCCACCGGCGCCAUUGAGCGACUCUCGAGGUACAUCCCCAGACGCAGAACCUGACGGAAACAUUCUGCUUCGACUACAGCAACUCCUCAGCAGAGUAACCGAUUGUCCCGUGGAAGACAUUCUCCAAACCAACUCUCUGGAAGCACUAGGAAUCGACUCGUUGAUGCGAUCCGAAGUCACCGCCGAAAUCCGACAAGAAUUCAACCUCGACAUAACAACCGACACGCUCGCCAAAGCCUCAACCCUACUCGAUCUAACCACUUUGAUAUCAUCGUCGCAAACCUGGCCCGUUCCAGUCAUUCAUACCCCCUCCUCGUCCGAAAGCCAUACCACUCUCUCCACGCGUGACUCCACUGCCAAUAUAAAACAUAUUCUUUCCCUCAUCACCGAUAUCCCUGUCGAGGAAAUCGGCGACGAGAGCACUCUCGAUGCCCUGGGGAUUGAUUCGCUGAUGCGGAAAGAGGUCCAACCGGAGCUCCGAAAGCAGCUGGGCCGUGCGGAUAUUCCAGACAAUCUGCAGGCAUAUUCUGUCACGUCACUGGCCACGUAUCUUGCUGAUCGGGAUAGUGGUAAGAAGGACUUGGCGAUUCGUACGCCAAGCGUUGCUUCUCUGGGACAGGAGUUCGAUGCCAGAGAGGUGGGUUCUACGCUAGCGCCAGAGAGGAUAUUAAAGUUGGACGAGCGCCCAAGGAUGGUGAGAGGAAAUGAUGGAGGAUUCACAUUGGAUGAACUUGCUGCCUCGUUCGAAGAAAUUCAGGGAAGCUUCGAUCAAUUCGCGGAUGAAUCGCAAUUCCGCAACUUCUACGUUGAGGUGCAUCCACGUCAAAUGGAACUUGCCACGGCCUACGUCGUCGAGGCGUUCAAAAGUCUGGGCUAUCCUCUUUCGUCGAUGUCUCCAGGGGAGAGCUUGUCGCGAUCGCCCGUUUCUCAUCCGCCACGACAUGAAAAAGUCAUGAAGCAGCUGUACAAAUUGCUACAAGACGCAGGGCUCAUUGCCCUUAACCACCUUGGCGAGUACCAGAGAACAGCCAAGCCCGUUGCCUCCACUUCCUCCGCGGAUCUUCUCGACGCCAUCAUACAAGACUUUCCGCAACACCGGUUGGAGCACCGUCUGCUGAGUAUCACUGGCUCCAAGCUUGCGCCCUGUCUAUCUGGCGAGCUCGAUGCGCUCGAUUUGAUUUUCGGAGACCGGACCGCUAAAGACCUGGUGAGCGAUGUAUAUCACAACGCGCCGGUGUUCGUAACUGGGACAAAGCUUCUCUGCAAAUUCCUGUUAUCCAGCCUGGGGAAAAGAACGCAGCCCGUCAAGAUUCUCGAAAUCGGAGCCGGCACGGGAGGCACCACGGCUGAUGUGGUUCAGUGCCUCACCAGCAGCAAUAUUCCCUUCGAGUAUUGCUUCACCGAUAUUUCCCCAUCCUUGAUCGCAGCCGCCAGCAAAAAGUUCAAAUGGUGUCCGAGCAUGGAGUUCCUGGUUCUGGAUAUUGAGCAGACACCUUCACUGGGGAAUCAGUACGAUCUGGUGAUCUCCACGAAUUGUAUUCAUACGACGAGGAAUCUCACGACGACGACCAGAAACAUCCACACACUGCUCAAAGAAGGCGGAAUGCUCUGUCUGGUGGAACUCACCCGGAACUUGCCCUGGUUUGAUCUGGUUUUUGGAUUACUGGAAGGAUGGUGGCUAUUCAACGAUGGUCGGGAACACGCACUGGCCCAUGAGCGUUUCUGGGAAGAGAGUUUGAGGCAAGCAGGCUUCUCACAUAUUAAUUGGACUACCGGCGACACGAAGGAGUCAGAGAUGCUCCGCUUGAUCCUCAGUGCGAAGAUGGCUCCCAAAGAUGACCUCUCGGACACUGGUAGCAAAACGUGCACGGAGGUUGGAACUGUCACUUCACGUCAAACAUUGUCAGUAUAUGCACCUGAGCAACUCCAGGGAAGUGGGCUCCAUGGGUCAGUCGUGCUUCUAACAGGCGGCACAGGCCAUCUUGGUACCCACGUCCUCCACCAGCUCGUUAAUCGAGCCGACGUCCGCCGGGUGAUUUGCUUGAAUCGAUGGACAACAGCCAGUGAUCCAAUGCAACGGCAGCAACGUGCCCUCAGCGACAAAGGUAUCGAGCUUAGCGAGCGACAGUGGGAAAAAAUCGAAGUGCUCGAAGCCAAAUCCAACCACACGGCCCUCGGAUUGCAACCCGAACAAUAUCAGCGUCUGCGCGACCAAGUCACCCAUAUAGUCCACAACGCAUGGCCCAUGAGCUUCAAGCGACCGUUACACACAUUCGAACCGCAAUUCCAAACCCUCCACAACUUGUUGAGGCUCUGUCGCGAUGCCAAGCACGGCGCGAGACUCGUGUUCAUCUCCUCCAUCGGUGUAAUUGGUCGUCACCCCAAUACCUUUGCGAAUAAGCCCGUUCCGGAGGAACCCAUGCGAGACGGUCAAAGUUCGCUCGGGUUUGGAUACAUUCAGGCCAAGUCUCACUGCGAGCAGAUCAUCCAUCGGGCGCUGGAGCAGGAUCCCAGCCUCCAAGCGUCGUACAUCCGACUUGGACAGACCACGGGGUCCCGACACUUCGGUCUGUGGAAUCCCGAAGAGCAUGUCCCGGCUCUAUUGAGGACAUCUCAAACCAUCGGCGCUCUGCCCCAGCUGGAUGGAUCUACCGCCUGGCUUCCCCUCGAUAUUGCCGCUGCCACUGUCAGUGAGCUGCUGCUAGAUACAGCCCCUCUGCGAAUAGUGUAUCAUCUCGAAAACCCGGUCCGUCAGCCGUGGAGUGAGCUACUUAAUCCUCUCUCGGCACAUCUAGGGCUACCCAUCAUUCCGUAUAAAGAAUGGCUCCGUCAAAUGGAGAUCCAUGAGACAGGGUCAUCCAAUCCUGCGAGGAACCUCAAAGAAUUUUUUGAAAUUGACUUCCUUCAUAUGUCCUGUGGGUCCGUGGUGAUGAGCACGACCAGUACAACGUCGGUCUCUGCAGCACUACGAUCAGCCACUCCCGUUGUGGGGACGCAGGAUUAUACGACCCGUAAUGCAUGGCGUAUCAGGGUGACAGGACGAUACCAUAAGCAGGAUCAACAUAGCAUGAAGUGGAGAACUCGCAACCCAUGUCGGAUUCUGCAUCUUCUGCAUCUUCUGCAUCUCCCGCCACCCCCGCUUCUUCAUCAGUCCCCACCAUCAAUAUCUCCCCCUAUCUCCUCAACCCCCACCAGCGAAGCCGCCAACGACGUCUGCCAGGCCAUCCGCGCAGCAUGUCUACACACCGGCUUCUUCCAGAUCAUCGGCCACGGCGUGUCCCCAUCCACCUGGAGUGCAGCCUUCGAGGCCUCGCGCCGUUUCUUCGCGCCCCCAACGGAGCAAAAACAGAAACUCGAUAUCACGAAACAGAUCGGAUUCCGGGGCUCUGAUGGGAUCGGCACACAGUCAUACGGUGAAGAUACCGUGCCUGAUUUGAAAGAAAGCUUCUUCAUCGGCCUCGACACAACUACGGCCGUCUCCUCACCGGCCCCAACAUCUGGCCCUCUACUGAACUCCUCCCCGCACCCGUCUUCCAAAAAACCCCGUAGAAUCCCUCUACUCCACCCUCCUCCACCUUCUGCCGUCCCGAUGCGUUUCCGCCAUUAUCCUCCUAUGGACAUCACCACCACCGAACAAAACCUCCAACUAAAUGAGAUGGGCUAGAGAAAAAAAAAGAAAGACUGAUACCACUAGACCUUAAGACAUCAG